AUGGAGAAAAUAGCAGAGAAGAGAAGGAUAGUGUUGGUUCCAAUCGCAUUACAAGGACAUAUGAAUCCUAUGAUGCAACUCGGUCAAGCCCUUAACUUGAAGGGCUUCGCAAUUACAGUUGUUGUGGGAGAAUCCAAUCUAGUAAGCUCUUCUAAAGACUUCCCUGAUUUUCAAUUUGUCCCCAUACAAGAAAGCAUACCGGUGUCUCAAAUCCAGAUACUUGGACCAGUGGAGUUUCUGAAGAAGCUCAACAGAACUAGUGAGGCAAGCUUCAAGGAGUGUAUAGCUCAGUUGUUGCUACAACAAGGCAAUGAUAUUGCAUGUAUCAUCUACGACGAGCUCAUGUACUUCUCUGAAGCUGCAGCUACGGAGUUCAAGCUUCCCAUUGUCAUAUUCAGCACUGCAAGUGCAACAAAUCAAGUUUGCGUCCGUGUUUUAAGCAAACUCGAUGCCAAGAAGUUCUUGAUCGACAUUGAAGAUCCGGAAGAACAAGACAAGGUGGUGGGAAAUUUGCAUCCAUUAAGAUACAAACACCUACCGACUUGGGGAAUGGGGCCACUGGAGCAAUUUUUGGAGAUCUGUAGGAUAGUAGUCAACAAAAGAACAGCUUCUGCUGUUAUCAUCAACACGGCGAGCUGUCUAGAGAGCUCGUCUCUAUCAUGGCUUAACCAAGAACUCGGAAUUCCAGUGUUCCCAUUAGGCCCUCUUCACAUUACAGCAGCUUCAACAAAUUCUAGUUUGCUUGAAGAGGACAUGAGCUGCAUUGAAUGGCUGAACAAGCAGAAACCGAGGUCGGUCAUAUAUGUAAGCUUUGGAAGCAAAGCUCAUAUAGAAACCAAAGAAGUUUUGGAGAUGGCUUGGGGAUUGUCUAAUAGCAACCAACCAUUCCUAUGGGUCAUUCGACCAGAAUCUACCCCGGGAUUGGAGUCACUGCCAGAGGAAGUCAGUAAGAUUGUCUCAGCAAAAGGAUACAUUGUGAAGUGGGCGCCGCAGAAUGAAGUACUUGGACAUCCUGCAGUGGGAGGCUUCUGGAGCCAUUGUGGAUGGAACUCAACACUCGAGAGCAUUGUGGAAGGAGUUCCAUUGAUUUGCAGGCCUUUUACCGGAGAGCAAAAGUUAAACGCCAUGUAUAUAGAAAGUGUUUGGAGUGUAGGGAUACAGAUUGAAGGUAAAGUUGAAAGAGGAGUGGUGGAGAGAGCUGUUAAGAGGUUGCUUGUGGAUGAAGAAGGUGCGUGCAUGAGGGAGAGAGCACAUGUUUUAAAAGAUAAGCUCAAAGCCUCUGUAAGGAGCGGAGGGUCCUCAUACAAUGCAUUGGAUGAGCUUGCCAAUUACUUGGAGAAGAAGUAA